AUGCCAGAGGAGCGCGGCCCUCCUCCGGCCAAGCGCUUCCGGGCCGGGCCCGGGGUCCCCGGGAGCCGCGGCGCUAUGCUGCCCGGGGGCCGCCGGCCGCCACUGGGAGCCGAGGCCUUGGAGCAUCAGCGCCGAAGUCUGCCCAUCUUCACGGCGCGCGGGCCGCUGCUGGCCCGCCUGCGGAGCAUCGAAUGCGCCGUGCUGAUUGGGGAGACCGGCUCAGGGAAGACAACACAGAUUCCGCAAUACCUUUACGAGGCAGGCCUGGGCCGUCAAGGCGUCAUCGCCGUGACGCAGCCUCGCCGAGUUGCUGCCAUCUCCCUGGCUGCCAGAGUCUCGGAUGAAAAGAGGACGGAACUGGGCAAGCUGGUGGGCUACACUGUCCGCUUUGAUGACGUCACUUCUGAAGACACCAGAAUCCUGUUUCUCACGGAUGGGAUGCUGCUCCGGGAAGCCAUGUCCGAUGCUCUGCUGCGGAAGUAUAGCUUUGUCAUUUUGGACGAGGCUCACGAGCGAACCAUCCACACGGAUGUGCUCUUGGGUGUGGUGAAAGCUGCCCAGCGCCGGCGAAAGGAGCUGAGGAAGCCUCUGCUCAGAGUCCUCGUCAUGUCGGCCACCAUGGACGUGGACCUCUUUUCCCGGUACUUCGACGGCGCCCCUGUCCUCUAUGUGGAGGGUCGGCAGCACCCCAUCCAAGUUUACUACACCAAACAGCCCCAGAGCGAUUACCUCCACGCUGCGCUGGUGUCCAUCUUCCAGAUUCACCAGGAAGCGCCUUCUUCUCAGGACAUCCUGGUGUUCCUCACGGGUCAGGAGGAGAUCGAGGCCCUUUGCAAGGCCUGCCGAGACAUCGCCCGGCACCUGCCCGAGGGCUGCCCACCACUGCUGGUGCUGCCGCUGUACGCCUCCCUCCCCAGCUCCCAACAGCUCAGGGUCUUCCAAGGGGCCCCCAAGGGCUCUCGCAAAGUGAUCAUUUCAACCAACAUUGCAGAAACCUCCAUUACCAUCACGGGCAUAAAGCAUGUGAUUGACACAGGCAUGGUCAAGGCCAAGAGGUAUAAUCCCGAGAGUGGCCUGGAGGUGUUGGCUGUCCAGCGGGUGUCAAAGACCCAGGCGUGGCAACGGACAGGGCGGGCUGGCCGUGAGGAUAGUGGGGCUUGUUACCGCCUCUACACGGAGGACGAGUUUGAGAAAUUCGAUAAGAUGACAAUCCCAGAGAUCCAGAGGUGUAACCUGGCCAGUGUCAUCCUGCAACUCUUGGCCUUGCGUGUGCCAAAUGUCCUCACUUUUGACUUCAUGUCUAAACCAUCCCCAGAUCAUCUCCAGGCAGCCCUGGAGCAGCUGGAGUUGCUGGGGGCCCUCCAGCGGAAGAAGGACGAGCCAUUGGUGCUGACCCCGACUGGAAGGAAGAUGGCGGCCUUCCCCUUGGAGCCCAAGUUUGCCAAAACCAUUCUUCUCUCCCCCAAAUUCCACUGCACAGAAGAGAUACUGACCAUUGUUUCCCUGCUGUCUGUGGACAGUGUCCUGUACAACCCUCCCUCCCGGCGGGAUGAGGUGCAGUGCGUCAGAAAGAAGUUUGUCUCCAGCGAGGGGGACCACCUGACCCUGCUCAACGUGUACCGAGCCUUCAGAAACGUUGGCGGGAACAAGGAAUGGUGCAGAGAGAAUUUUGUCAACAGCAGGAACAUGAUGCUGGUGGCGGAAGUCCGAGCCCAGCUCCGGGACAUCUGUAUCAAGAUGUCGAUGCCAAUCGAGUCUUCACGGGCAGACACGGAGAACAUUCGCCGAUGCCUGGCACACGGCCUUUUCAUGAACACGGCGGAGCUUCAGCCUGAUGGGACCUACCUCACCGUGGACACCCGCCAGCCAGUGUCCAUCCACCCGUCCUCUGUCCUGUUCCAUUGCAAACCGGCCUGUGUCACCUACAACGAGCUGCUGUCCACCAACAAGUGCUACAUGAGGGACCUCUGCGUGGUAGAUGCAGACUGGCUCUAUGACACGGCCCCUGACUACUUCCGCCGGAAGAUGCGGGCUGCCCGGACCUGAGCCUGGCAGCCUGGGCCAACUUUUGCCCAGCGGCCUUAGACCAGAGGCAGAAAGGGAAGGUCAGAGCUCCGUGCCUGUCACGGGGUGGCUUUGGAAACUGCAGCAAAGUUUUGAGCCGCGCUCGUCAUGGGCUGGCAGGCAGGGAUCUGCCGUGCGUGGUUCAAAUUUUUAUCCACAUACAGUUUUUCAAUGGAAAAUGCAAUAAAUUUACUUUUGUAAAAUUUC